CAAAGCGUUGCCUCUCCAGGCUUCCGUAAGGAAGCUGCGUGAUUUCGUGAAGAGGUAUCAUUAUGAUGCGGUCUCUCUACACCUCGUGUGAAGGAGAUAGAAAGGCAACCUAUCCUAUCCUAUCCUAUCACCACCUUUAACUUCACAGUAGUUGUAUACUUAUUUCCAACCUGGUCCUGGCUGAUGUGCGAAUCUUCGGUCCUACCCUAGGUUACAACUUGUACCAAUCAUCGAUCUUUGAUCUUGAAGUUGUCCUAUAGAUACAAGAGCAAGAAAGUUGAAAACCAUCAUGUACACUUUGUAUCUAUUAAAAGCAUGAUCUAAUCCAGCGAUCUGAAAGAGGAAGGCUUGUCAUGGAUUCGGAAAUGCCGAGGCUUCUAUUAAGGCUACCGCUGCACCUGCAGCAUAUCUUCCUUAGUGUCAUCAUCCUUGCUCCUUUUUCUACUUGAAAAACGGACCGAGCAGGAUGCACCCAGGGAUGACGCUCACGCGGUAGCUCUAAUUCUACUUCUACAAGGAGUACAUCUCUCCCGCCGACAAUUACAAAGGGAAAGAGCCGCGUGCUGCCUCUUGGCGUGCAGUCUUAAAGCGUUGGGGCAUUAGCGACUACAGAUGGAAUGAGCGACCACCACCCUCUACAUCCUCUGAAAACGGUAAUGAUGUUGAUUUUUGGAACACAGGCGUCGAUAUCCAUAAGUUGUUGCCAGUGCCGCUCCAGGAAGACGAAAACGUCAAGAUUUCUUCGAACGCCGAACCUCUUGUCUCGUUGGAGCCGUACACAUUGUAUACAACAAGUAAAAUUAAGGCUACCGCUGACGCAUCGCUGACGAAUCCCUCAGCCCUUUCCCCCCUUGAAAAAGAAGCCAACAAGGAUGGUGCUGGACUACUUACAUCUAGCACCAUCCGUCCUUGUUGGCUUCUUUUUCAAGGGGGGAAAGGGCUCAGGGAUGGGCUCAAGGGUGCGUCGACGUGGUAGCUCUAACACUGCAGACCCCACAGAUCCAGAUCCUACCGCCAAGGCCAAAGGUCAAGCCUUGUCGUUGGUGAAGGGUAUGGACGUCAUGGCAGCUCGCGAGCUGGGCAUGAAAGAUUGGAAACCUGGUUUAAGGCGCCACGUUAACAACACUAUUUGAUUCGCCAAUGACGACUUAAUUAUAAUUACUAUUACAAUCAAAUUAUAUCUAACCGUUUAUCAGUUUUCUUCAAGUUCAGCAUCAUCCCUCAGUGCUGCAGGUGUGUUGACUUGCUAAUGGGGCCCCGCUGCGUCGGGUUGCGCCUUAGGUUUUCUACAGGAGUCGAGUGCGCGGCUUCUCCGAUAGAUGUAGACUUGUGGCCGAUUGUGCGGCCUUAUGCGCCCCCAGUAUGUAACUUGGAUGAUCUUAUAUAGGUUGGCUAAUUGAUUGAAAGGGUGGUGGCAUAUAGUGUAGUCCUAACGCAAAAAAAAAAAAUCUAGACCGAGGUCUGGGGCGAGAGACGGGGAUACCCUGAGCUUGAACUUCGACGGUUAAAUAAUCUCAUGUUUAAUACCAGUUUGUUGCAUCGGCUAAGUACAAACUGCGAUAAUAUCAUGGUCACCAUCGAGUGAGUGAGUUCCUUUUUAUGCAUAGCUCAUGUUCUUUAUAUACAUAUUCUCAUAUUCUUUAGUAAUCAGGAAAGUUGGCAACUGCAGGGACGUUCAGUAUCUCCCUUUUUUUUUGAGUAAUUACAACUCGCUGAGUAAUUUAUUCUGUUUUUCACGUAAUCAGGAAAGUUGGCAACUACAGGGACGUAGCGAAGGUCCCGUCUUCUACUACGAAUAGUCUAAAAUUAGAAGAGGGGACCUUCGCUGCGUCCGAAUCGAUGCAGUUUGUGCCGCUGAUCCAUAUGGGCAGCAAGGGGCGUGUGGCUCGAUUUAGCGUGUGGCUCGCGGAUUUGCAAAAAAACCUGCUCGAAAAAACCUGGGUCAGUGUUCUGAAACUUUUUUUACGAGGCUGAGCGUGUCGUGGACGUUGUUUCGUGACAUUUGAAGAGGUGACCGGAGCAGCCUACUGCGAGGGCCCUCCACCUAUAAUUUAAUCAGAUUUUUUUGACGAGGUUGUAGCGUAGUUCUUGUUGAAGGAAUUAUUAAGAAACAAGUUCCAGUUAAUCCCACUGGAACUUGUUUCUUGAUAAAAAUUGCUUGAAGAACAUUGUUGUUUCGUAAUACGUCAAUGAUGCGCAUUCUUGCGUAAGAACAUACUUAGUCUUGUAUGUACUUAAUAUUUAUACGCUCUAAUGCUCGGGAAAAGCGUAGCACAGCAGAAAAUGGAGGCGGAUAAUUUUGUGCGCGCUUUCGUCAAAAAACAAGGUUAAGGAUUGAUAAGAUCACUUCGUCUAGUUUUGUCCCAGUCAUCUCAAUCUCUUUGCAUCAACAUUAUUGUUCGUUGUGGACUAUUGUGGUCGCCACUUCAUUAUCGAGUCGCCUAUGUAUCAUGUGAUGUUGUCCAAGUUACUAUUCUGGUCGCCACUUCUCGAGUCGCCUAUCAUGUGAUGUUGUCCAAUUUAUAGCAUAUAUAUGAUCCAGGGCGCGGGGCGACGGUACCCCCACUAGCGUAGGGCGGGGGGGGUACCGUGCCGCCCUGGACCCCUUUUGAAGGCGUCUGCGGGGGGUGGAAGGCCUCCAAAGGGGGCCAAGUGGCCUCCCUUCUCCGCUCCCUUCCAGCUGCCUGGCUGUUGCCGACAGGCCUCCGAUGUAGGUGGGAGGCUUCAAAAGGGGCCCAUGGGACCGCCUGCGCCCCCGUCCAGGUGCCUGCCCGUGCCCUAAGUGCCUCUGAUAUGCUUCGCCGCCGCAGUAGUGCGCCGGUUUUGGAAGGCCUCCGGCCUCCGAAGGCGUGCAGCCUGCGCUCCCUGGGCCGUGCAGCUUGUACCCUCCGGGCCCUUGGUCAUCGGCUUGCUUGCUCUUGCGACCGUGGCCGCCCUCGGGGGCCUUUCACCCUGGAGGCCUCCCGCCUGCGAGGGUCAGCAGACGCCAGGAGGUCCCGGAGGAACCCGCUGAGAGGCGCAGGGGGAGGCCCGCGCCAAAUUUGACGCCUUCCACCACUAGAGCCCGCGAAAAUCAGCGCGGAAAAGUGCGGGCGCGCCACCACAGGCCAGACCACAGGGGAGGGCGCCGCGCAGCCCUGGCGCAUAUAUAGUUAGCCUAAUCGAUGGCUAGCCUAAUCGUUGUCUAGGUUACUCAUCGUCAUCACCGUCGACGGCUAGUGAUGACCAUUUGAGAUGCAAUGUUGAUGAUACUACUCGCGGUCGCGUCUAAGAAAGGGUCAAAGCUGGCGAAAAACUGGCUGAUUUGUUGGCCGAUCGAAAUAAUAAACGCUUAAAUGUGCAGGACAUGAAUCCCCAGACAAUCGCCGAGGCAAAGGAAGCGAAUUAAGGUCACGGUUCUUUCUAUGUAUCUGAAGGAGAGGAUGAUGAUUGACAAGUCUUCAAGACGGGUCUCGCACUUUGAUUUUGAAGGCCUUCAUGAUGAUUAUCUAUAGUUUUAGUAGGACCGCUAGGAAAGUCCUCUUAGGUGAUAGAUACGCGAGAUAUUAGACCGACAAUUUAUGUAAUUUCUAAGUCAAGGCAGCAGCAGAGCAGUUUAAAAACGAACAAGAAGCCUUGAAAUUAUGGCCCAUGGUGUGAAAAGGUUAGGUCGGGUUGUGGAUCCUGCACAUCGAGCGCCGCCAGCAUCUGCUCAGCUUUUGACCCACCUUGUUCUAUUCUUGGCUAUUAAAUACCAGGGUGCGAAAAAGUAAAAGAAGACCUUGCUUGUGGAGCUAACCACGACAUGUAGUAGGUCGUAAUUGGGGAUACGAAAUGAAUUUGAUUGUUUGAAAAUAAGCGGAAAAAUUGAAGUUCAUGCUUCAACAUUGGUGGAGGGCGCUUUCAUAUGAACCAAUAUCAACCAGCAUAAUCGAUGCAUGUAUUAGCAAUAAGACCUAGAUUACUUCUAACGGCCAACGCACUACAAAGCGGACUGCAAUUAGAUAUCUUGAAGGUUUCCAUCGACACCUACGACACAUUUUCGGUACUGAGGGGACUCAUUUUUAAGGCAUGAUAAGUCCUAUUCAACGUUGAACUCUAUUGAUUAAGCAAUUUCAAUGUUUGCGGUUGAACUCUGUUGUUCAAUGUUGAACUCUGUUGCUGUAGAUGUACUCGUAUGAACUCUGAUCAUGCACUAACUCAUUAUGAAAAGAACAAGAGGGAUCACACCCUGUAGGGUAGGGGCCGUUGAGUACUAUAUCAAGGCAGAGCAGACUCAGCACCACUGUUUAUUGGAUCGUAGAGACCGUCGAAGAUUUUCUAACUUUCGGUCUGGCUUUGAGGCGCUUGGCAUUAAGGAGCUUCUUAAAAAACGUGAAGACAACAAAGGUAUUCUUGACCUUUACAUUUUACUAGAGAAGGUAUAAUUUGUGGCAGUACAACACAUCAUUUUACUACAGAUGAACACCCUGUACCACGAUGAAAAAAGGUGUCUCGUCUGAAGUGUUUAGCUACAGAAGAGUUAUCCAUCGAAGUUCAUGAACAUGAUUGAUCUACUACCUCAGAUGCUGAAGGAGUUGUCAAGGCUUUUUUGGAAGACGUGGAGCAAAUGCUAGAGACCAAGGACAAGACAAGCGCUUCAUCCACCUUUCUGGAAACUUAAGGCUAUGUAUAUCAGUUUUUUCACUGGAAGUAGAAAGUAGAAACAGCCUAACACCUCUAGAAUAGGUACAAUCAUCAUCGUCAUCACUGGAAUCUUAACGGGAAGAACUUGGAGGGUGUCGCUUCUAUCAAGGAUAGCGAUAAAUAGCGGCUGAGAACUUGGAGGGGUGAUUAUCGGCUAUCAAGAAUAAUUCCUAAAGAGAAAAGCCUGCUUCCACAAUUAGCCCUGGUUUGUCAGCCAGUCUUAGAGGACUUCAUGGAGUGGAAUCCAUGACCCCCCAGGAGGAAGCCCUAAGAAUCCGUCAAAAAAAACGUGAAAUACGUCUGCGAAUUGGAAUUAUGCAUGGUUGUAGCGUGAGAUUUCUUUAGAUUCAGCUAUUGAUGGAUACUGUGAAGACUGGAUGAAUGAUACGCCGACUGGUGAGCUGCGCCCCCCCGUGUUCAAUUGUACUCAUGCGAGAUGAAAGAAAGCGAUAGACCGACUCAGAAGAUUCAGAGCCUUAUAGUACAUAGUUAGAUAGACAUUAUAGUAGGUCUAGACUCAGACUCAUGGAUAUGCAUAGACUUGGAUGGAUAGAGACACAUACUCGAAAAGGGAAAGUAGGCAAGUAGCUACCAGAUGUAAGAGGGUCACUAAGUAGUUAGUAUAUGACUUCACUGGAGAAAAUUCAAGCAAGGACUGCAAAAACCUGGGCAAUAUUCAGCCUUUCCGGGCAUGACGCGAAUCCGCAGAACACUCGCCGCCUCCUGCGCUCCUUUUAGGAAAGCCCUCCCCUAAUCGCGAGCGAAGAGCCUCGGGCACCCUUCAAGCCCCCGCUCCCCUCCAGAAUCCACCAGCGCAAACCUAACCUGCAGGCUGAUGCGGUGGGCUGGAGGGGUGCGGGGAAUCACAGGAAACAAAACUGAGAGACAGAAGAUAAAACCACGGGGGAGCAAGUUGCAAAAGUCGCCAAGCGGAGCACCUCCAGGACUAGGAGGCGACAAGGACAAUGAGCCAAGGACCCCAGGCCUGAGCCAGCUCCCGCGCUCUGCGUGGGUUUCGCGCUGUGUGUAGGUACAGAAUCCACAGUAGGCGCGGCCUGGCUGGGUAUCUGCGGGGGGAAGGACUGGCGCGCGGGUCUCUCUGUUUUUGCAAUCGCAUGGCGCGGGAGGGUUUCAAUUUGGCUUGGCCUAUGCCAUGGGCAAAAGCCCCCGCCGCUUUUGGUUGGGUUUCGGGUGAUAGCUGACACAAAUGAGGCCCGGCCGGCGUAAGCGUGAAUCGCCGCCCAGGCUUUGCGCUGGCUUGGUGAUAUUCCAAGGAGUAGCCGCCAAGCCCGCAAUAGGCAUGGCCUGGCGUGGGUUUCUGGUUUCGUGUGGUGGUCCAAACUCCUCCGCAACUGCAAGCCCAUCCGCGUCCCCGGUGGUGCGUGGAUCAAUCAUGCGGGGGGGCUGGCCUUUGACUGCGAACGGCGGCCAGGCGGUGCCCUGCUUGAGUUGAAUGAGGUAGACUAGAGCAACCCAGGCCAGAAAUUUUCUGCGGCCCAAACUAAUCCUCCCCGCCCAGCCGCGCCUGGCUCCCUCUGUGUGGGAUGGAUUGAUCCCUGUGUUUGGUCAUUCAGCCACUUCCCUUGCGGCUAUCUAUCACGCAGAGAGAGAGAGAAGACCCCAGACCGGGCAAGGCUUGGGUGACUGACAGCUUGAGGCUGAGUGACGCUUCGCGUGGGUGUCAAGCCGUGCUGGGAGUAAGGGCUGGCGCCUGGGUUUUGUUUGGUUGGAUUAUGCAGAAAAAGGGGCCAGACCACACCAGGCGAGUGGGCGCGAAGCCUGGGCUUCUAUCUAUGGCCUGCCGCCAAAAAAUUUUGCGGGUUUGUUUCACUUUGUGGCCCAGUCUUGGCCCACCAUGGCCAUCGCGUAGGGCUCGGCUUUUGAUUGUAUCGGAGGACUGGCCUCGAGCGGUAAGCCACGCAAAACCUGAGCCAAAGCCUGGCGCCUUGCUAGCUUAUCUGCGUGGCCUGGCUCGCUGGGAUGAAGCAAGGGGAACGGAAGCACGGGCUGCGCGGAAUAGUCCAGCCCGCCCAGGCGUGGGCUUGGCUUGGGUUCGGGCUCAGGGAGUCCACGCUUUGCGUGGGUUUGGGGCGUGCUGCUGCCGCGGUUCCCACAGUCGUGGCCAAAAGCUGGGCUCUGUAUGGGCUGCGCGCUGGGUUCUUUUUGGAUUGCAUUAUGCUGAGGAACCCGUGGCCUGCUGCGUUGGCUGCAGCUUAGCGCCUCCCUUUUGCGCCGCCUUCGGACUACGGCUGGCCCGAAGAAGGGGGGCCGCGCUUCUUUCCUUUCUUGGUGAGGGUUUUGCCUUUGAGCUGCAACCCAAACAAGGCCCGGACUACGAGGCAACGCAGGCAUGCCAGCCAGCCUUUUACUUGCGCUUCGAGCUUUGGCCAAAAAACUACUCCUGAGCUGCCGCCCAGUCUCAUGUGGCGAAGCAGUAUCGCCCGGCGGCUCUUUUUCGGUGUGGGUGAUGGCAUUCGGCAUGAUAAUCUUCUACAUUAUAGCCGCUUUGCUCCCGGCAUGCACCGCGCUCGCUUCUUGCUUACUUCAGUAGCACAGCUUAUCGAGUCGGUGUAGAUGGGCCCAUGACCGUCGCAGAAAGUGCAUCGCCUUGCCGGUGAUUCGAUAUGACCACUUGAGACGCACUGAUGGGGUGAUGAUGUACUACUCGGGACGCCAAUCAGUCAAGAUCGACGAUGGCUCUCCCCCGUAGUUCUAGUUGUUCCUCCCUUCAUAGUUUAUCGAUUAGAUUAUAGAUCGCCCCCUCUUCUAUUGUGGCGACCAGUCACCUCACUUGUUGAACAGCAACCAUCUCUAGCGUAGCUGCACUCACCAGCAUCAUCACCGCCGCCCCCGUCAUCGUCAUCAAUAUAAAAACGAGGAACAACAGCUGCAAAGCAUUUCGCCUAUGGUGCCGCAUCAUUGGAUAAACCACUACAACUAAUACCACUAUUUUAAUCACUACCAACACCGUCAGCCCCAUCAGUCGUGGGAGCCUUCUAAGAUUGGAGAAAGUUGCUAGGUUCAGGGGAGAUGUAGAGGAGACAAUAAAGCAGGCCGAAGAAACAAUCCAGAUUUUUGGUGAUAAAAUAGAAACACUGGAAAAAGAGGAGGAGGAGGCGCAAAAAAAGAAAGAGGAGGAGGAGGAGGCGCAAAGAAAGGAAGGGGAGGGCGAUGAAGGGCCGAAAGUAGAGCCACCACAGCCACAGGCACCAGUAGGACCAGCAGAGCCAGCACAGCUACCAGCAGAGCCGGCCCCAGCACAGCUACCAGCAGAGCCAGCACAGCUACCAGCACAGCUACCGGCACAGCUACCAGCACAGCUACCAGCAGAGCUACCAGCAGAGCUACCAGCAGAGCCAGCACAGCCACCAGCAGCAGCAGGGCUUGAAAAGCCAACAGAGCGCGCAAAGCUAACGCCGCCACCUCCAAAGCCGGAAAACGUGCUGAAAAAGGAACAGGCCGCGCAAGAAAGAUGUGAUUAUGGCUACUGGAUAUCCUCUUGCUACAGCACGAUAUCAAUCUUGUUACAGCGCAGGCUCUUGCUAAAACAGCAAAUCCUCUUGCUACAGCAGCGCACUUGCCAUGAAAAUCCAUACUUUUCCGUUUUAGUCGGUGCAGGCAUGAUAAAGUUGCUGGAGGCCAUUUGCAUCUGUUGUGCAUAUUGAUACUAGUAUUUAUAGGGCUAGCGAUUUUUUCUGAAAUCCUUAACCGACUCCUUUAAGGGCCUCCCUUAAGGAAACUGCUUCCCUUGAAGAAUUCUUAUUACAAAAAGUGAGCAUCCCUCUCCUUAAGAGGGAAAGCCUUCCUUUAGGAAGCUCCUUAAGGGAAAGCUGUUACAGCCUUUGGCUAAUAAUAGACCCUUCCGUAAGGGAUUUCCAAGGACUCGCAGGGAAGUAAAGUUCUCGCGUUCGUUCUGCCCGACAGUCCAGGGAUUUUCUGGAGUUUUUUGCCAGUUGUCUACUUUGUCGCACAAAUUGCCAGCCCCCAGCGCGAUCCCCCCCAACACACUACGCGCCCACCCCUAGCGCAUCGCCCCAACGCGCUUGCAACCGCUACCCGUAUCGCCCGGCGUCUCUUCUUUUCAAAAACUUCAGGGAGGUCAUUCAAGUACAGAAAAAACCGCGCGACCCCCUGAAGCUUUUGGAAAAGCGUUGGCUUUUUCCUCUCCCGCGAGCGACUACCUUCCGCGCACACCAAUCGACCACAGGAGCGCGCGGGCGUGUUCAGGCUUGGCCUUCUAAUGGACACGAUGACGCCCAAGAGGCUCCACCGUUCAGGUAUGCUGCAGGGGCCAACCCUUAUUCUCUCCACUGGCAUCGACGUCCCUUGGGUCUUCUCCUUAGUAGCAUUCUCAUGGACAUGAUCACACUCAAAGGGCCCACGCUUGAAGGGUGGACCCUGGCGGGCGUCGUCAUGUCUUGAAGGAGGCCAAGGCUCUACUCCUCGGCGCUUGAAAGUUGAAGGCGUUGGGGAUGUCGAUGUCUGGGAGAUUGAUAGCUCUGAGCCCUUGCGCGUCUGAAGGGUGGACCCUGGUGCGCGUCAUCAUUCACGUCCGUGGCUGAGCGGGCUCAGCUUGCUUAUAGUAUACAUCUCCGCGCUUGGAAGUUGAAGGCGUUGACUUGACCUGGGGGCGUCGAUGCUUGUGAAAAUGAUAGCCGUAGGUAAGCCCUUGCAUAUCUCAGGGCAGGGGUGACCCUGGCAAGCAUCGCCAUGGUUGUCCAUGAGGAGGCCAAGCUUAAUGUAGACCUCCGGUGGUGAACGCUGAAGGCGUUGGGGAUAUCGAUGCCUGUGAGGAGGAUAGUCGCGAGCACUUGCAUGUCUGAAACGUGGGCCGACCCUGGAGGGCGUCGCCGUGUCCACGCGUAUACAUCUCCGCAGAUGAAAGCUGAAAGCGUUGAGGAUGCCGAUGUCUAUGAGAAUGAUAGGCGUGAGCACUUGCGUGUCUGAAGGGUGGACCCUGGUGAGCGUCAUGUCAUCAAGCCCAUGAGGGCCGCAGCUAGUGCGCCUCUGUGUUUGAGUGAAGUUUGGGGCCCAACUUCUGCGCAUAGAUAUGCCCAGGCGUGGCCUUCUCAUGGGCCUCAUGGUGGUCGCCGGUGUCGGCUCUUUGUCAUGGGUAUGCUCUGCCUUAGAAUUCUUCUGGACAUGAUCACACUCAAAAGGGCCCAGCUUCUCUGCGUGCAUAUGUCCAAGCGUGGCCUUCGCAUGGGCUUCAUGAUGCUCAACAGGCUGGCCCUGGGUUGGCGUCCAUUGGCUUCCUAGCAAGCAAGUUGGUCAAGGCAGUGGCCAUAGCGGUAGCCUCCUCACUGAGUAACCUCGCCACAGUGGGAGCCAGCCUCCCAGCCUUUCUAGCCUUGGCCGCGAGCAGGCUUGGCGACUUUUUUCGUUUGUCUUUCUGUAUCUUAGUUGUCACUCUGUCUAGUUGUUAACCUAUGGCAUGCCCAGCGCAGCGGGCCCUUGAUGGGCCCGCUUUCUGGGCAUUUACAUAUACAAUGACGCAAGUUCUACGAUCAAUCCCAUUAAGAGUGGGCCCUUAAAGAAGCUCCCGAAGGGAGCCAACUCCUGAAGGAAGCGCCUUAAAGCCAAGGUGUGCCACCCUGAGGGAGCUCCCUCAAGGGCCCUUCUCUUAAUAGAAGCGGCUACUUUAGGCCCUUCCCUAUGGAAGCGGCUAGCGCAGAAGCUGCGACAGCUAUGUUGGCGGAAGCAGUUAGCCAGCCCGUGGCCUCUAGGCUAGGGAGCUGCCCAGGGCUUCUCAGCUAGCUGGCCAAGCAGGGCCUCACUCUGAGCGAGCUGGCCGAGGCUUCUGAGCUACCUGGCUCAGGCUUCUAAGCUCGCUGCCCGUAGCUUCUGAGCUGGCUGGCCAUGGCUUCCAAGCUACAUGGCCAGGGCGUUGGAGCUCCCUCCCAAUCCAAGCUGGCUGGCCAUAGCUUCUAAGCUAUCUGGCCAAGGCUUCGGAGCUACCUGGCCAAGGCUUCGGGGCUAGCAAGCUGGCAGGAAUGGCGUCGGAGCUAGUCAGCCAGGGCGCUCACGUUCAUCGCUUGGCUACCCAGUAUGUAAGCUAGCAAGUUGGCCGCCAAGGCUUCAGAGCUAGCUGCCCAAGGCUUCAAGCUUAGUUGGCCAAGGCUUCGGAGCUAGCUGCCCAACGCUUCUGCGCUAGCUGUUUAAGCUAGCUGGCCAUGGCUUCAGCGCUAGCCAUGGCCAUGGCUUCCAAGCUGGCUGGCCACGGCUGUUAAGCUAGCUGGCAAAGGCGCCUGAGCUCGCUCGCCAUGGCGUCCAAGCUAGCUUGCCACGCCGUUGAAGGCCAGGGCUUCCAAGCUAGCUGGUCGUGCCUCCUAAGCUAACUCGCUAUGGCUUCCAAGCUGCCAGCCAUGGCUUCUGAGCUAGCUCGCCGUGGCUUCCAAGCUAGCUGGCCUUGGCUUCUCUCUAAGCUGGCUCGCUUUGGCUUCCAGGCUAGCUGGCCACGACUUCGGGGCAAGCUCGUCACUGCUUCCAAGCGGGCAGGCCAUGGCUUCCUAGCUAGCUGGCCAUGGCUUCUGAGCUAACUCGCCAUGGAUGGCGCCCAAGCCAGCUGGCCACAGCUUUUGAGCUCGCUGGGGUCGACCUUGGCGCCCAUUGGCUUCCCGGUAAGCAAGUUGGCCAAUGCUUCAGAGCUAGCUAGUCACAGCAGUAGCCAGCUUACUAGCCUAGCCGCAGUGGGAGCCAACUUGCCAGACUUUCCAGCCUUGGCGAGCGGACUUGGUGACUUUUUUCGUUUGUCUUUCUGUGUCUUGGUUAUCUGUCUAGUUGGUAACCUUUGCCCAGCGCAGCGGGCCCUCAAGGGCCCGCUUUCUGGGCAUGUAGAUAUAUGGCGUUGAAGGGAGACACGGGCGCCCUAAUUUAGCAAGAUCCUCCAGGAAUUGCGGAGUAGAGUGCCAGCAGCACUGGUCGAGGGAGGCGCACUGGAGGAUCAGAACAUGGUUUAUGGCUAGAGGAUAACAAAAUGGUCUAAGUUAGAAAUGCUACCUCUUGUUCUCUCGGCGUCUUUAGUAAAUUGUGUGCGGCCAUCAACGCGUUCUCUCCUCUGGGAUGAAAGUAUGAUCUAUGAUUAAGUAGCUACUUGAAAUGUGCAUUUUUUUCUUUUUGGAACUGUUGUCGUUUGAGUUGCCUGACUCUCCAAAUAUUUUUAUGUGAUUUAUAGCGCUUUUCUUCACCGCAAUUAUGUGCCUAGUCUCCAUAGUCGUAUGUGUGUGCUUUCUUGAGACUUAUGUUUAUGCCUACAGCUCCUCCUCCUUCUCCUGACUGCUCUAAGAGACGGACGAAGCAACGACUUUGAUCACGGAGUACGAGGUUACACCUGGUGCAGACGGUGCGCUCCGUGAGCUUGGAACCUUGGGUAAGGACAACUAUGAGGUACCUGCAGAGGUGAAAGAGAAGGGCUUGAAAGCCAGUAAGGCACUUCAAAGGCUCCAGUUACGGCUACCGCUAAAGCAUGCUCACGAUCACCAUCAUCCUUCGCUGUUUUUGUUUUCCUAUUUGAAAACCUGGAUUGCAUUUGUUUUCGUUAAACCAAGGACUUGUCAUUUGUAAAACCAAUGAAUGGUUAAACCAAGGACUUGUCAAGGAAUCUGCCAAGGAUGCCCAUGGGCGGCAGCUCUAAUCAAGGGACUCGUCGACAAUUUCUUCAAAGACAAGAAGAAAAUCGAGGCAGCGGCUACCGAAAUGGAUGCAGCGCGCACGAAAUGUUAAGGAAUACGCUGCUCCUUUGUUCCGUUAGAGACUUCUUUUGUUAGUACCUAGGUUAGUAAGAGACCAGCUAUACCGUUAGUAAGAGACCAGUUUUAGAGGCUCACUACUUUAGGUUAGUAGAGACCAGCUAUAGAGGACUCUUGUUGCGUAGCCUCUUAUCGGCAGUAGUAAGUAGGUUGGCGUAGACAUAGACUUAUUUGGCUCUCGAGUGUGCGAAGCUCCACCUCCAUGAUUAUGCAACUUGAAUCAUUUGCAAACAGGAUCUUGCUUGGUUAGUCUUCAUUUUCUAUCUGUUGGGGUCUGGCUCUCUCUAGUCAUUUUUUGAAUAACUAAGGGGUAGGGCAGUAGUUUCUGAGGAAUGUACUAGUGCGUCAUCUUGUAUAUACUACAUUGGACAGCACCGCAGCACCCCUCUAAAAUGUGAAAAAGUCUUUUGUGAGAGGAGAAGCGUAUGAGCUCAUACGCACUGCCAUCGAGAUCCAAAAAUACACCAGUAUUAAGGCUCCUACCAUAGUAAAGAUGCGCCUGGUGCUACCAUAGUAGCUAAGUUCUUGCAUUAAAGGUUGAAACAAUUCAUUUUUUUGUAGCAUUCUCAAGUGAAGAAGACCUGUAAAAGUGAAAUGUUUUAUCCCUCAACCAAUACUCGAAAAGUGAAAAUGGGCGAGUAGCUCACUGGAUCACUACGCUGCUCGUGUUUCAGUUUCUCGCUUAUUUUAUUUAUGUAUUUGCUUGGAUAUUUCACUUCGCCGCAGAAUAUGGGCUUGGAUUUUUAGUAGUAUCGGUCAACGUCCCUGGUUUUUUAGUAGUAUCCUCCGUCAAUAUCCCUGGCGGCAGCUUCGUAGUAGCAGUUGCAAGAGCCGGAGGGAUGAUCAUGCGAGUGCGACAGCUCUAAUACACCGAAUAAAAAAUGUUUAUGAAGGGGCCUCACAAUGCAACGAUUAUGGGCUUAGAACGUCUUGCCCGAGUUGGAAGGAGUCUCAAUACAAUGAUUAAAGGCUUAGAACGUAUUGCCCGAGUAGUACAAUAAAGAUGAAUUUCGUCAUCUGUGCCAGCCGAUGGCUUUCUCUCAAGUUGUAGAACCGGGAUCAUUCGGCCGAAAAACAGCAUGUGGUCGUCCCUUUUUUACAACACCCUCAAGUAGUACUAUCUGAUAGACCUCCCUCCAAGGAGUGCUGGCACAACUUUUCUUUCGCCUAUUACCCAGACAGUCUUUGAAACAGUUUGGAUUUGAAGUAUAAAGUAUGUUCACUAUCAGAGCUUCUCUCUUCUACAAAAAAAAAAAAUCUACGGCUACUAGAACUAGGAGCAGUACUAUCAGGGAUACUCACACGACGUGCUGACUCUUACCUGGCUGAUAUGUACCCACCUGGUGACUGUUAUACUUCAACUUCCUUCCGCCCUGGUAGCCAGAGGAUGUAGAAUGAAUUUCAUCAGGUGAGAAGUCGUGAGUGCUCCAUAUCAUUUUAAUUUUCUAAGUCGCGAAAGAGAUGUGGGAAAAUUCUUGCCGAAGAGUAAAGUGGAAAAAAUGAAGAUCCCGAAAUGGGAGGAAGAAAAACAAGACCAUUGGAUUAAGGCAAUUCAUUCAGUGAACCUGAGCUCUAACUCAUCUUUUGGCACAAAAAGCGCAUAUAUCUGAUUAAGUAGUUUGAGUAGUUCUCCUCGGCGGCUGGCCGUCGUGCUUCAGGCGCUUCCCUACCCGGUAGGCGGGAACUGUAGGCCUAGGCAAAAAAAAUGUUACUCACUUGGUUCGAAUGGGCGAGUGAGUGAAUGAAUGAAUAUACUCUGCAAGGAUCCGAUAGUUUUAGGAGGACUACUUCUUGAGACGCGACGAUGAUGAUGAGGAUGAAGGAUGCACCUGAAACAAAUAGAAACUUACUUUUUCCAAGGUAUUGUUUGCAAGGAGAAGGACUUCGAAGGUCAUGCUUUGUCUAACCUUCCCGUCGGAGACUACAUCGUGAGGCUGCACGAUUUUUAUGACACCAUCUACAACUUCAAGAAUAAGUAUCUAUAGGGUGUUCUUGGUAGUCUUUCUUCAUAGUAUCUUGCCUGUAUGAAAAAAUACCGGAUGUGAGGAUACCUUACUUGAAAAUGCUUUUAUCCGACUCGUAUCUCUAGGUAGAUGGCACGACCCAUUUUAUACACAUUACAUAAGGAUACGCGGCAAGAUCGGGAAAAGCAAAGAAAGGUACUACCCCGGGACAGGACUAAACUAAAGGGUGCUAAGGAACUAGAGGGGCUGGAUUCUCGUUCUUGAAGCACAUGAUUCGAAGUAGAUAUCCUCUGUAUUGUAUAAGAUUAUAGACGCCUAUUAACAAAUUCUUCACAAUCUAUUUCUAGUUCCUAACCCCAUUGAAAAAUACUAAUACAGUCUAUUGUUCUAAGAUGGAGCGCUUGAGAUUUACCAUUGGUUUUGGGAACAAGAGCGCAGAAUUCUUUACGUGCAGAUGCAGAGACUGCCACUGCCAAAAGAAAUUUCGUGGCCAGAUCCAGAUGGGACACAAAAAAGAGAAGUCGACCCGCCUCAGCAAGUUCAUAAGGCUUGUUCCCUUAAUGUAGUGAGGGUCUUCCCACAGCUUGUCCCCCUGAUCCAUCUUCCACUCUAUCAUCCCUCAAGAACCGUAAACAGGGAUCAUCCCUCAAGAACCGUAUGCACGACCCCAAUACAUUACAAUGGAGACACUCUAUUGAGACAUACGCUUGAGCAGGGUGGGACCUCGAUAUGCAUUAGGGGAUCGAUGAAUUAGGCGUCGUUAAUUCCUCUAACCUCCAAGGGGGCGCGGCCGAGAAGGUUCCCUUUUUUGCAGGCGUGAGUGUGGGGCGUGUGAAAUGGCCUAGUCUGGAAGAUGAGGAUCCGGCGCGCAAGGCAAGUCAUGAAGUAUGGAAUAAGGUCUACGAUGAGGUUAGCCGCGAUGAGACACUUCGAGUUAUGACAAUUCUACUUCUUCUUGUAAACUUGUUUGUUCUUUCCUUACGCACUCUCUCGCGACCCCUACUUCCUGUACUGGCCGUGAAAUCAUCUUGGACUAACUUAGAGUACAUCUCAAUCUACACCCUUUCCUUACGCGGCCAUGGCAGACCUCUCCUCGCCUCAUGUGCGAGGGAGUGCGAAGUCUUCUAGUGAUAUCAGACUGCGGCAGCGUGCUGAAGAUGGCACUGAAGAACAACACCAACACGAGCAGGACGAUCGCGAGGGUUAGGCAUGCUGUGAGUGACCUCCCAGCAGCAAGGCAGCCCUUGGGGGUAGUGCUACACUGUGCGCCGAGUCACCGAGGCAAGAAGCUCAACGCGCUAGCAGGCACCUGAGGGGACGUCACCCCGGAGAGGAUGCCGCCCACCGAUUUGCCGCGCCUUACGAGGCGCCGCAGCGCAUUCCUCUGCCGCAUUGACCGAGAGAGGCGGAAAGGAGCCGCGGGGCCAAACAGCCUGCCUGCAUUUGGCGCCGCCACCCUCUGAAGGACCUACAGAGCAGGCAGGCUAGGCAGGCCUCCGCUCGCAGGCGUGACCCCGGUAGGGGAGCGGGCUGUCUUCUCUGUCUGGUCUGGCGAGAGCUUCCCCCCUGGCGAGGCGCUCCGCCCGGAAGCCAGGGCGAGAGGCUUGCCCCCGAGGUGCGCGAGCUGGUCAGCAAGUUUGGCAAUACGCAGAGCCACAGGUGGCGGCGUCUUGAUGAGGAAGAGGGCCCACUCCGGUGGGAGCCUGUGCUGCCAGCUCGUAGACGGCUUAGUCGGGGCAUGCCCACUGGUUCCAGACAGCGCUGCGCACGCCAUGGAAGACUUGGGGGGCUGGUGGUGAAAGACCCCAAGAGGCACGCUGGCCGUGUUUUGGCCGCCGCGUUGGGCCCCCCCAGCACGCCACCAGCGUGGCCCAAGAAGAAGAAGGAGCUGAAGCCAGGCAAGGCAGAGGAGGCAACUAAGAUUCCCCCAGGUCCAGACUUGGGGAUCAGCGCUGCCAAAGCAGUCAGCACCAGACAGGCAAUGGGAGGGGCGCGGCUGUGGGUGAGCCGUCAGGCAACCCGCUCGGGGCGCUCGGUUGCCUCGACGAGCAGGGGGGCAGCCAACUGGGGUGUAGUUUGAAGAUGACGGGGAAGGCAUACAGGUAAAAGAAAGCCGGAAAUGCUAAGGAAACAGAAAAGAACAAAAGAGAGGAGAUCCCCGGCUCCAGGACCAGCAGAGGCAGCCUAUCCUGCUAGCUGCAACCAAGUUCACUCUGAUGGCCCCGAAGUUGUGAGGAGAUGAUCGCAUCAGCCCACGGUGGGUACCCGGCUCGCGGGUGGGCUAGCCCAACGCGGCCCCUCCCCCACUAAUUGCAAUAUUGUACUGCAGGAGCUUUGUGUCUUCCAGUGACUCUGCCUCGGGAGAGCGGCGCGAUGGAUUUCGGGCUUCGCCGGCGGUUGAGAAGUGCGGCGAGGGCCGGCCCAGCAUGCACGCCACAGAGGUUCCUGGCGUGGGCCUCAGCGUGUGAGACUUCGAGCGAGGAUGGAUAGGCUGGCCAACAGGUGCCCGCGUGCCAUUGUCCAGCGAUCAGCCCGGGCGGAGCGCGGUUCCCUUCCUCGGCUGAGUUUUGAGGGCGCGGCCUUCAAUAGCCCGGCACAGCGUAAGGAAUGCGGGCAGAGUCCAUAGGGAGACUGUGCUUGGAGGUUUUGUAGUUGACUACGUUGGGUGACUAGCUCUUGGCCUUUUGCUAUGGGUGGCCUUUCUUUGCUUUCUUGGGUUAGCUAGGUCAGCGGGGGCGCUGGCGUGCUAGCACAGUCCAGAUGAACUGGUCCGGGGUCUGUUGGGUUCUUUCGUUCUCUAGCGCCGUCGCCCGUUAGACGGCCGUGCGCAGUUGACUGAUUGAGUUGGUUGAUCUAGUAAAGGCGUGAGCGAUCUUCUUUGCGCUUGGUUCAGCAAGGGAGUCUUUUUUCGUAUUACAGGAGAAAACAUGUUAGGAGUUACAGUUAUCUCAGAGUCGUUCAGGCUCAUCAGAUUACAAACCGUAGCCACAGGCAAGAUGCUACCUUCACCUCGUGCGACUUAACCUAACCACAGUAGUCUCCCCCACCUCGUCCAGGAAGAGUAAACUUUUAUAGUAUGUAAUUCCAGUUAUGGUUAUCAGCGUAGGUAUUUGUGAUAGUUUUGGUUUUUGUAGGGUCUAAACGGUUAGAACAGCACUGGUGGCACAAGUACUGGCAGAAACAGAAUCAGGUCCGAAAUGAGAAGGGCCAAGACAUGCCGAUCUUAUGGUAUGAGCAGUUAUCCGAGCACCCAAAAAGACUAGUUAAGGGUUACCUCAUAGCGCCCUUCACUACCGUCCCUGCCCUGUUUUCCAGUAGGAAACGGGUUCGGGAUGGCCUGAAGGAUGCAAGGCCGCAGCCUCUAAAUUAGCGGUGGCGAGGGAGAAGGCAGCCUGGGAUAUUUUUGGAGAUCGUUGGAGACCGACCAAGUUUUAAGAACAGAAAGAACGCCUUUUAUUCAUUUUUUAUAAAUAUUUCUAUUGGGUAGAAGUGUGGACUAACACCAUGCAAAAAGCGAACAUAGAAAAGUGGCCUUUUUGCCAAAAAACGCACAUAAAGCCCAGGGAUCACUUGGGCGAUAUUCGUCUCAAAAUGGAAAAUUUUCACACUGAGGCGAAUGACGUACAAAAAAGCGCGCUUUUUCCGUUUUUUGUGCGUUAUUCGUCUCAGAGUGGAAACUUUUCAUUUGAGGCGAAUACUGCCCAACUCAUGCCUGGGCUUUAUGUGUGUUUUUUGGCUAAAAAGCCACUUUUCUAUGUUUGCGCUUGGCAUAGUGUUAGCCCAUAAGUAGAAGCGCGCGCGCGUGUCCCGUGUGGAUUUUCCAUGCAGCUUUUCUCUUGUGCCCCGUGAAUGGGUUCGCCACCACUAUUGCCAUCGCUCCAUUACGCCACGCCAUAUUUCUAUCGGCUAUUACUAACGUGAAAGUGAAACAAAAGGCAGCCAGUCUUAGUUUCGUUCUCGCAGUUGGCUGAGUCGUUCGCUAUCGCCUUCGCAGUAGGCUGAGCCUGUUCUCACACUAUCAGCGGAGUGGCAUAGCUGUUGCUAUUCCGGUCUAGAAGUGCUUGAUGCGUGUGGCGUUCCAGAAGUAUUUAGUUAACUUGGCUCCAGAAGUACUGAAGAAAGCCUACUGGUCUCCUUGUUAAAUAAACACCGUCUAAUCCUUACAUUAUUAUUAAGUAUUUAAUUUGGAUCAAUUUCAAUCGCUUACACAAACACUCUUUGGAUAAAAAUGCUACUCAACAGUUGAACUUCGUUAGCAGUAUAUGUAACCUACAUGGCAAUCGGAUAGUCUAGGCGCGGGCAUGCUAGCCAGUGUUGGGCUUAAUGGAAUGGAAAAGCACGCGAAAUUUCUCUAAGGUUGCGAGUCACCGCCACCAUUUCGGAAAGACAGCCACGCAGGGUUUAAAACAUGCCGCCAAGCGGGUCUUUAAGUGAGCCUUCCUUAAUUAUCGAUACGACCUGAACUAUCUAGGCCCUUGCUAUGUGCGACCUGAAGUCGUCACGCGUUUCGUCAACGGGUGAGUGACAGAGUGAAAAAGUGAGUGAGUGAAUAGAACCUGAAGCAUCUAGAGGCCUUUUCUGUUUCUAUGGUUGCUUUUAGAAACGGCUUCAGUGCCGUUAGAUAGGACCACGGGCACCGAGGUAUCAUGACACGACACGACCCCCAAAGGGUCUCUGAGUUCCGUUUUUCAUAUAUAUUUAUAGUAUGCGCUCCAGGGCUCAGGGCUGAAGGGCCCCCCCAAUCUAACUUGUUGAGGGGGGGGGGCCUCGUCCAGCCCCGGGCCCUUUUUCUCGAGGGACUGCCGGGCGGGAAGGCCUCCGGGCGCCCAUCUCCGACCCCUUCCCGCUUCUUGACUGGACCCGACAGGGCCCCCAUCCCUGCGGCCGUUGAAGCACCGAAGGCCGUGGUGGAAGGCUUCCGAAGGUGGCAAAGGUGGCAAGGCUGGGCCCCCUUGCCGAGACCUGGCAAAGGUGGCAGGCUGGGCCCUAUUGCUGUGAGUGUUGCGCGUGCCUUGCAGACCUGGCAAAGGUGGCAGGCUGGACCCCCUUGCCGUGUUGCAUGUGCCCGACAGACCUGGGAAAGGUGGCAAGGCCGGGCCCCCUUGCCGUGUUGCUUGUACCCUACAGACCUAGUCGUAGCAGAGGCCCCCUACCGUCGUGCGGCAUGUACCCUACAGACCUGGCAAAGGUGGCAGGGCGGGGCCCCCUUGCUGUGGUGCGUGUACCCUGCAGACCUGGCGAAGGUGGCUUGGCUGGACCCCCUUGCCGUGUUGCCUGUACCCCACAGACAGACCCGGCGAAGGUACUAGCAGGGCUGGACCCCCUUGCCGUGUUGCCUGUGCCCUACAGACCUCCACAGAGAGACCUCCCGUGGGCGGGCUCCUCAUACACUGGGGGAGCCCCCUAGGGGGAUGAGCGCCAAAGGGGCCAGGCCUCGCGACCGUGGCUGCCUUCGGCGGCCUUCUUCCUCCGGAGGCUGCCCCCCCUGAUAGGGUCCAAGAGCCGGGACGCCUCGGGGGAACACGCGGAGAGCCGCCAAGGGGCUCCGGCGGUGCUUUUUGAAGCUUUUGCCCCCGGGGGUCUUCACAUGUUACCACCGCGGAAAGAAAGAGGGCGCGCGGACGCCGCCGCCUCUCCAUCCACCGGGGGGCCCUGUAAGACCUGGUGGGUGUCUUAUAGACCGCAGAACGAAGCGGGAAGCGUCCCGCUUUUUAAUUUAAGCGUGACGCCUGACAAUCGGAGGGACAUCCGUGGAAGGCCUUAUGAUCUGAGGAACAUCCGUGGGAGGCUUGGCGAUCUGGGGGACAUCCGUGGGAGGCCUGGCGAUCUGGGGGACAUCCGUGGGAGGCCUGACGGCUUGAGGAUCACCCGGGCGGGGAGGCCUGGCGACCUGGGGAACAUUCGCGGAGGCCUUAAGACCUGCGAAACAUCCGUGGGGAGCUUGCCCUGAGGACCCGAGGAACACCCGCGGGAGGCCUGACGACCUGGGGCUGAGGAACAUCGGGAGACCUGACGGUCUGAGGAUGAGGAACACCCGCGGGGGACCUGAUGAUCUGAGGAACUGGAACCUCCGCGGGAGGCCUUACGGUCUGAGGAGUUUCCGCCUGGGGGCGACCUUAUGACCGGAGGAACAUCCGCGGGGGGCUUAUGACCUGAGGCACAUCCGUGGGCGGCCUUAUGAUCUCAAGAACAUCCGGGGGCGGCUUUACGACCUCAAGAACAUCCGAGGGCGACCCUAUGAACCCAAGAACACCCGUGGGCGACUUUAUGAACCCAGGCACAUCCGUGGGAGGGCUGCCCUUCUUAUGAUAGAUCAACCCCAAGAACAUUUGGGCCUGGGGGUGGCCUUAGCUAAGACCUGAAGAACAUCCAGGGGAGACCUUACGGUCUUCGCUAAUACUCUCACGCGCGUCACGCUCUUAAGCGCCUCACACCCUCACGCGCUUCGCCAAUAAUCUCACGCGUGUUGCGCUCCUAAGCGCGUCACGCCGUCACGCGUUUCGCUAAUACCCCCUCGCGCGUCAGGUCACGCUCCUCAGGUGGAUAGGACGCUCGCAGGGUUCCACGGGGGGCCCCCCAUCUUGGUGCGUGUGCGGUUCGUAGCAUCUGCGCCUGCAGCAUUUGCAUUCGUGAAAGUGCCCUCUAUACAACUUAAAUGCGGGAGGUGCCUGUCAAGUAUAAUGAUAUAAGGCUUCUAAAACCAGCUCGUAUGUAUCUGCCUCAUUAAAUUGCUCUAGGCUAGUAGAACUAAUUGGGAGAGCACCAUGAUGAUGAUUGAUGGGUGAUGCUCUAGAAUGAAGGCGCCAAAAAAAAUCGUCUAAAGUAUCGAAACAUUCCAAGCGAGUAGGAGUGCCGACUCUCGUUUCGAAAAAAGAAAAGACGCGCACGCGCAAGCGCGCGCGGAGGCUCGGAAAAUGGUGACUCAGAGUUAAGUAGUUUGGACUACUAGCUACAACUACUAUUGAAUUAUUUUUGUCUUUGGAGUAGUUCGCACUACUAGCCAGAACUAUGGAAUCUUUCUUCCUAUUCAUUGCACCUCUAGUACACGAAGAGUAAAAGUAAGCGACGAGUAGCUAACUGAAAUGGCAGAGUAUCUGAGAAGGCUGCUCUCUGGGAUUCUCGAUUAUCUCAGUCUUUCGAUUACAUCGAAUUUGAAUUAUUGCGUCCUGCACUACCAAAUUCUAAAACAAUUGUUCCUCCUCUUCUUCUGAAUAGGAAAGAAGUCACGCUGCUAUACCUGCAAUAGGAACUCCGAUUGGGCUCCGUUACUACAUUCUAUUUGGCUAGUGCCAUCCUGUUGGGCUACUAUCCUCAAUAAUAGGAGUACUGUUUCCACCCAAUAGAGGAGAAAACUGUUUCCCGAUAGGAAAGAAGCCAGGGCCAUAAUAGAGAAACCUCAUUUAGAACAGAAAAGAAGUCACCGCCACGCUGCGAAAGCAGAGUGGAUUUAUAGCCCGAAAAUACGCGUCGCCUCUAACUCAAUCGGGACCAGCAGACCAUGAGCCCCCUGUGGGCUGAGGCCGUCAAUCGUGCUUGGAAAGACGAAGCGACGCAUUAGGACAUGAGAGAUUUUUUUUUCUCCAUCUACAUCUACUUCAAGAGCAGGGUAGGUUAGCAGUAGCACUAUUGGACAUCAAUUCAUCUUAGACAGUAGAUCAUUGAUCGCGGCAUGAACUAACAACUUGAAAUACGAACGAGGCGGAGACGAGCUAUGAGAGAUGACAAAAUGGAUUGUGGCAGCUGCGUCUGUAGCACUUUCUUCGAAUGCUUUAGCUUAAAACUUUGAACACGAACGUACGACGCAGACACUUACACUGGAGAAUGUGCUCUUUUUUACUUUUCCCGAUUGAUGAGUAGAUGAGUCACGUUUGAAUCUCACACGCACCAGAGCAAUAUGGGAGCCCGCCUCUACUUGUUCUGCUAAGACCAGCUGAGAGAUAUAGAGGCAAGUCGGACUUCCUGCACCACGUUACUUCAUAAAUUCCUUCACGACACUAUUCCAUAGAUUGAUAAUAUGUGUAAUAGUGGAAGUGCUAUGUUGUAGGUAAAAAGAAGUGAGUGUGAGUCCCAUUCUUCUACCUCUACUCAACAUAUCUGAAGAAUUCUAUUCAAAGUAUCUAUCAAUCUAAGUUAGAAACGCCAUGAAGAUAGCCGCAGCAGGGAAAGCGUGCAUGGAAACUCUUUUGCGCACUGUAGACCGCAUGUGGAAUAUCCUGCGACAUGAUUGCUUCUUUAAGAGAAUCCUAUGUACUAGAACUAGAUCAUUGUUUGUACCUUUUUCUUCUGGUAGUAUAUGGCAAGUCUGACAGCAAGCACUUCAGAACUUGCCUCGACAGUCAUCAGGAAAGUUGACAACAGGGACGCAUGCCGCCGAAUUUUUGGGAUUGUGGGGGCUCGAUGUCAGAGACCCCAGCAGACGACCCUAGCCUACCAAGGCGAUUAGGUAGAUGCCUUCGACUCAGUCGCAGUCUAAUGAUCGCACUCCCGGCGACGAACUCCAGGAUCGCACUCAGAGACCGGUGCAGCUUUGGGUGGAGACAAUGCCCCAGAUUCGCGCGAGGGAUAAACACUGGUCGAGUGCGAGCUCUGACAUUAAGAGAAAACACGUAGAAGGGCCAGGCGACAGCCAUUCUAGUAAAAAGCUAAUAGUAGAUACUGUUACUGAUAAAUAAAACUAUAACUGUAUGUCGACGACCGCCUUUUUUGUUGCAACCAUUUGUCUAGCAAAAUGCUUCUAGGUGGCCCUUCUAGAAAAGUUUCUAGCAACUUUUCUAUGCUAUUGGGGUGGUCGAUGGUCGCUAUGCCGGACGGGAUGCCCCUUGGAUGCGUAACGCCAUUCGUAGACUGACCUUGCUUGCCAUGGUGCGUGGGUUGCCUGGUGGAUCGUCCUCACGCAUAAGGCCCAAGGCCACAUCUGUGUGCGGCUGCCUCCUUUCUGGGCUCUGGGCUUUCGAUGCCUGUUCCCCAACACGCCUCGAACCGGGUGCCGGGGGCUGCACGGUUCUACUGCUUACGAAAUUGCUACCACAAUGGGGAAAAUGAUGCCUGGAUUCCAUUGCAGCGCGGCUCCCCCGUGGGGUUGGCCAAGAGUGUGGCGCGUGGCAGUCAGAAACAGCCAGAGAUCCCGCGGCGCGCCCGCUUGCGCUACCGGUUGCCCCGUUUUCGGGUUUUUCGGUCGGACGUCUGUCUCUUGGCUUGGUGUGUUCGGGCGUGUGCAGCCGCUCUCCUGGCUUUGUUUGUUAGUCCUCGUGGGGUGGCUGGGGUGGUCGUUUCUUUUUCUUUUUGUAGUGGAAUUUCCUUCCGCGCUUGCUGGCUGUCAGUGUCUUUUCUCUUAGGCGCUGCCAGCGAGUGACCCUCCCGCGGCAUUUUUUGGGGGCGGUGUUGUUUCUCUUAGAGGUGUACGCAAGCGCCUCCUCUUAGAGGUCACAGCCGAGAAACUAACCGGGCCAUCGAUCUUGUCCUCGAGUACUACAUCAAAACACUGCAGCUGGGCUGUCUUCUCUCAAUACCUUGCACUAAAGGAAAAAACGGACGCACUCCAUCUGCCAACCAGGAGCUUCAAGGGGUGUAGCAUAGCCAACGACCGACUGCCCACGCGUUAGCCAGGUCUAGUGGUUAUUCACCUAUUAUAUACUUAUACUACAUAGACGGUGGGAAGGUGGGCACGGUGGGCGCACGCUGGGCGCGUAUAACGUUGCCCCGCUGCUUCCGCCAAUGUACAAGGCCGCAGUCGAGGGCGGCGCGGCGCUGUGGUCCUCUGCGGAGUGGCCACGUUCCCGCUGCUUGCGGUGCUUCGCUGCUGUAUGCAGUCGUGCCGCCUGGGUGUGUAGAGUGCGGCGCAGCGCUGCAGUGUGCGUCAGUGCUCUGCUGCAAUGUGCGGCCAGUGCUGCUGAGGGAUAUCCCCAGGCGGGCCCCGAUUCGUAUGCAGCUUGCUGCGGAUCCAGGGCGCAUGCGCUUACUCUGCCGGGGGGCUUUAGAAAUGGGCGCCCGAAGGGCGCCGCGAUUUUUGACCCCAAAUCUCACGUCGGGCGACAUCUUUCGCAGAAGACCAACUUUUGGGCCGCCCAGCGGCCCAGCGUGCCAAGCGUGCCCACCGGUCCAAUCCUGGAGAGGGAGCGCGCUUUCCUAUAUGUUAUAAAUAUGUAUAUGAACAAGAUAUAGCUGAUUCCGAUGGGCAUGAAGAUACUUGACUGCUACCAUUAUCGCUCGUCCGAUUGCUACCAGGAAUAGUCAUAGUGGCCAUGCAUUGUGAUCAGUGUCCUUAAAAAUGAGUAGAGCUUUUGACGACCUACUUUCAGUUCAUUUAUUUUCUUUUUUCUUGUUGAGUUCACUUUUGGUUCGUUCACAUUUCAGGGCCGCAGCAUCAGUUCUUCAAAGUGCGAAGAAGGUCAAGAAGAUAAACAAAGAUCGACUACCGUGCUUAAUUUGAAUCUAAUGUAAGCGUAGGAGGCAUUCAGCAGGUGCAGGCGUUUCCAUGUGAUGAUGGGUCAAUUGCUGGAGGUAAAAAGGCACCACAGGAGAAGGUGAAGAAGAUGCCUGAAGAAGUUUUAAGAGAGGAGAAGCUCCUUGGAGCUGCGGAGCAGAUGGCGAACAGUCCUAAAGAGGUUGAGUGGGACGUCACGCACGAGCUGCCACGAGUGGAUGUAGGCGGUUUCGGCUUUCCCUAUGGUUUUGCUUGCAUGAGCAAUCUUCUCAAACUUGAAUUACGGCGAAGAGCGACUAAAAGUGAGUAGAACAUUACAAGAAGGGGAAGAGGAUCAUGUGCAUCAUUUAGGAGCUCGAAAAGAAGAGUAUCGAUGCUACUUUUUCACCCAUUUAUAGCAAACCAUCAAUCUCGACUGGCGUCUUACUUUCCCCGUGAAAGAAGUGUAUUCUUAGUUGAAGGUGGUCUCAACAUCUAACACGAGGCCUCAAGAAGCAGCACUGCAACUCGGUAUUCGGGGAGCAACAUCAAGGAAAUAAUCCCGAGUCAGGAGCUUGGCAGUACCAGUAUAAUUAUGGCGCUGCAGCUCCUCUUGUUAUUCAAAAACUAGAAAUAUGUCUACUAGGAAAAUGCAAGUUUUUGGACGAAUCCGUGACCUGGCCGCAAUUCAGGUCUAUAAGUUAUAGUUAACCACUUCGCUGAAAUCCAGGGACGUGAUUUAUUAUAAGUACAUGCCCAGAAAGCGGGCCCAUCAAGGGCCCGCUGCGCUGGGCAUAGGUUAACAACUAGGCAGAUUAAGUACUAAGAGACAGAAUGACAAAGGAAAAAAGUCGCCAAGUCUGCACUGCUCGCCAAGGCUAGUAAGGAGGUUACCGCUAUGGCUACUGCCUUGGCGAACUUGCUCCAUAGGGGCAAGCCAAUGGGCGCCAAGGCUGGCCCGUUGAGCGUCAUGGAGUCCAUGAGAAGGCCACGCUUGGACAUAUGUAGGCGCAGAGGUUUCGCCUUUUUGAGUGUGAUCAUGUCCAGGAGAAUCCUAAGGCAUAGCUUGCCCAUGGCAAGAGGCUGACACUGCCGAGCAUCAUGGACGAGGCCCAUGAGGAGGCCACUCUCGGGCAUAUCUAUGCGCAGAGCCAGAAGCUGGGCCCCAACCUUCCGGCGCGGACGGAGAUGUAUAAAAAAGCCGGGCCUUUUCAUGUCACAUGAUGCAAGGCGCUCACCAGGGUAGUCCUUCAGACAUGCAAGGGCUCACGACUAUCUUUCUCACAGACAUCGACAUCCUCAGCCUUCAGCUUUGCCCUACGGAGGUGCACACGCUUGGCCUUCUCGUGGACAUGAUGACGCUCGCCAGGGUCCGCCCCUAUUUUAAGCCAUGCAAGUGCCCACGGCUAUAUUCCUCACAGGCAUCGACAUCCCCAACGCCGUCGGCCUUCACUUACGGAGGUGCAUAGGCUUGGCCUUCUCAUGGGCAUGGUGAUGCUCUCCAAGGUGGGCCCACCCUUGAGAUAUGCAAGGGCUUACAGCUAUCACCCCACAGACAUCGACGCCCUCAACGCCUUAAACUUUAAAGGCUUGGCCUUCUCAUGGGGAUAAUAGAUGGCACCGACUCACCAGGGCCCACCCCUCAGACAUGCAAGGGCUCAGGCCAUUCAUUCUCCCAGGCAUCGACAUCCCCAGCGCCUUCAACUUUCAAGCCCGGGAAUGUAUAAGCCUGGCCGCCUCAUAGGCAUGACGAUGCUCACCAGGGUCCUCUACCUUUCAGGCGUGGGCCUUGUUUUGAGUGUGACUCAUGCCCAUGAGAAUUCUAAGACCCUUCAGACAUGCAAGGGCUCAGACCAAUCACUCCCCCCGACAUCGAUAGCCUCAGCGCCUUCAACUUUCAAGCAUCGGGAUGCAUAAGCCUGGCCCCCUCAUAGGCAUGACGAUGCUCACCAGGGUCCACCUUUCAAGCGUGAGCCUUGUUUUGAGUGUAAUCAUGUCCAUAAGAAUUGACUUUAAGGGAGAGCUUACCCACGUCAAGGGGCCGAACUUGUUGAGCGUCAUGAAGUCCAGGAGAACCACGCCGGGGCAUAUCUAUGCGCAGAAGUUGGAUUCCCAUGCCCUCUGUUUUGAGUAUGGCCAUGCCCAUGAAAAUUCUAAGGCAGAGCGCAUUCAUCUCAAAGGGCAGACGGAAGGCUGCGCCUGCUGACUGAGCGACAUGAAGUGAGUCCAUGAAAAGGCCACGCUUGGGCAUAUCUAUGCCCCGAAGUUGCAUCCUUUUGAGUGUGAUCGUGUCCAUGAGAAUGCGAAGGCAGAGCAUGCCCAUGCUAAAAGGACGACCUUGAUGAGCAUCGUGAGGCCCAUGAGAAGGCCACACCUGGGCACAUCUACGCGCAAAAGCUGGCUCCCAACUUUCAAACGUGGCGGGUAACUAAGAGAUGGACAGAGCUGGGCACCUUCAUGCUUGAAGGGUGAGCGCGGAGCCUCUUGGGCGUCAUCGUGUCCGCAUGAUAGAGUGCUAAGCUUGGGCGUAUAUGUGUACAGAAGUAGAGGACCCAGAGGGCGCGUCGGUGCUUGGGAGGGGAAUGCUUUAGGCCCCUCCAUGUCUGAAGGGUGGGGCCUCUGUCUUGGGCGUCAUCAUGUCCAUGAAAAGGCCAAACGACCCGGACACGGUCGCGCGCUCCUGUGGUCGAUUGCUGUGUGCGGAAGGUAGUCGCGGAAGGGGAGCGAGCUAACUCCUUCCCAAAAACUUCAGGGAGGCCGUUUAAUUUUCUCUGUAUUUGAAUGACCUCCCUGAAGUUUUUGAAAAAAAAGAGAGGCGCUGGGUGAUAUAUAACAAGGGUAGCGGUUGGAAGUUCGUUGGGGCGAUUCGCUAGGGGUGGGCGUGUAGUGUCCUGCUGCAGAUGUGGCUGGUGUACGUGAGUAGCAGUAGCCUACAAACUAACAGCCGCGAACACGUUAACGCGUUCUCGGUGCCUUUGAACUCGUAGCACUAGCAAGGACUUCAGGAGCCUCUGCUAUUAGCUUGAGUCUAUGGCAGCUUGUCCUUAAGGAAGCUCCUUAAGGAAAGUCUUCGCUUCUUAUUUAGGGAAAGUUAUAGUAGCUUUUUAUGAUAGAAAAUCUUUAAGGAAAUCGAUUUCCUUAAGGAAGCUCCUUAAAGAAGCUCCUUAAGAGAUUUCCGCCAAUUGCUAAUGCUAUAAAUACUAAAACUAGCAUCCACUUUACUGGGUGGCCUCAUAAGUAGGCCAGGAUCUGACGCAGUAGAAAUUGUUCAUGAGUUGGGUUUGGGUCGGCAUCCCUGACUUUAGUAGUUGUAGAUUUUGCCGGCGGCUUACCCCCAGUUUCUCGUCCACUACUUAAGCGGCCGGAACGUGUAGACAGUCCUAUCCUAUCCUGUCCUAUCCUGCUCUAAUUUACGUGGCCCAGCGAUAAAGACAAAGAUCCGGAUGACGGGUUGAAAAUCGGCGUAAAUAUUAAGGCCUCAAUCGGCUAGUGGAUUAGCAUUUCCAUGUCUAUAGGGAUGGGACCCUAUACUGUACCAUAAUCCCCUAAUCCAUGAUAUCCAUCAUUCCUAGGUACAAGAAACUGGCACAUGUUUUUAUUAUAGAUACAAGGGACGAGAUCAUACUGAGAGGUCACGACAUCCUUGCCGAGGGACCUACACGCACAGGGGUGAACUGGGGAGAGGUCUAAAAACCAAGAUAAUCCCGAGCAGGGAGCGAAACCCAAGGCGAAAGCCAAGGCGGGCAAUGCGCACACAACGAGGGUCGUGGCCGAAAAGACUCUGGCCAAGGUCCAAGCCGCUCGCGACGUGAUGUAUGAAAAGUAUCAGAAGGACGCGAUCUUUAUGGCUACAAUAGACAUGGCAGCUACACAGCUUUUGGUGGCUCGUAAGGACAGCGUCGCACGUGAUCCAAUAGAUGAAUCAAUACUUACGUAGUUUUCACGUCCAGCUCCAGCUACUGAACCGAAGGGCAGCGAGCAAAUGAGCCGAUACGGAUACUUUUUACACCCAAUUUUUACUUCACAGGAAACAAGUUCAGUGCGUAGCCUUAUAUAUUUCUUGUCUUUCUUUCCUAGUUAGAGCUUCGCCACUGCAGCACAUAGCAUUAGCAAUGACGAAUGGCUACAAGCAAUAGAAAUGGGUGGAGUUGUAGUACAUCACGCAAUGGCUACAAACAAUAGUGAAAUAGGUUGAGUACGCAACAGACAUUGGAUGUAGAAGUUGUAGGACUAGAUGAGGCAUGAUCAGCAUGAGUUGUGCGGUGCAUAGCGUGAGUGGCACAACUGUAUCAUCCUGUGCUGCAUCUUCCAUUUUUCAAUGUCUUUUUGAUGUCUUUUCAAUGUCUUUCCGUUCGUCUUAGCGGUUUUCACGUUGGCCUGUUUGUGUUCGAUUCUGAUCAGAAUUGAAGGGAAAAGAGAAACGCACGACUCAAGGUCUUAGAAGCAACUAGUUGACAUGAGUAUCUUGUUUAUCUAUAUAUUUUCCAGGGCGCGGGGCGACGCCCCCCCCCUAGCGGGGGGGGGGCCGGGCGCCCUGGGCCCCUUUUUGAGGCGUCUGCCGGGGGAGGAAGGCCUCAAAAGCGGGCCAAGGGGCCCCCCGGUCCCUUCCCGGAGCUUUGUGGCCCAUGGAGGCCUGGAAAGUAGGUGGAAGGCCUCAAGGGGGGGCCAAGGGGCUGCCGGCUUCUCGUUUGCAUGUACCCUACAGACUUGUGGGGCUAGAUGGUGGAAGCGCGCGGUUGGUCUUCAGGUUUCCCCCUCCGCUCCCUUCCAGCUGCCUGGCUGUUUCCUAGGGGCCUCCGAUGGUGGUGGGAGGCUUCAAAAGGGGCCCAGGGCACCGCCUGCGCCCCCGUCCAGGUGCCUGCCUGUGCCCUCAGUGCAUCCGUUAGGCUUCGCCGCCGCAGCAGUGCACCGGCAGCGGAAGGCCUCCCAAGACGGCGAAAGGCGAGGGGCGGGACCCCCUGAGCCGUGCCGCCUGUACCCUCCGGGCCCUUGGUCAUCGGCUUGCUCGCUCUUGCGACCGUGGCCGUGGCCGCCUCCGGCGGCCUUUUACCCCGGAGGCCUCCCGCCUGCGAGGGUCUGCAGAGGCCAGGCGGCCCCUGAGGAAAACGCUGAGAUGCCCAAGGGGAGGAAGGCGCCAAGCUUUGACGCCUUCCACCACUAGAAUCCGCGAAAAAUCCGCGCGGAAAAGGCCACCACAGACCAGACCACAGGAGGGGGACGAGGGGGGGGGGCGUUCGGCCCUGCGUCAUAUAUCUAUAGCAAAGUAGUUCAUAGCACGCAUGGCGCAUGGAGUAGCAUGGAGUGCAUGGGGCGCAGAGCUUUAAGGGGCGCAAGAAGCUCCCCCUUUAGCUCCAUGCUACUCCAUGUGAUCCAUGCACUCCAUGCCGUGCGAGCUGUGAAACCUUAUAUAUAAAUUGCUCUGCUAUAGGGAGGUAUAAAAAUGAUCAUAGGCAACUCAAGGAAAAUCUAAGAAAGACACUGCGACGUACGAGAUGCAUUAUGGUUAUUAUGUUCUGAUGCCUCCGGAUCGCAGAAAGGCGGAGGAAAAUGCUAGAGACGCGCAUGACAGGAGAUGAUUGUGGGAGAUGCAGUACGCGAGGAGAUGAUUGGGAGAGUUGAUUGUGUGGGGAGGAUGUAUUAGAAGAUGUAGCACGUAGACUUGGGAGAUGAAUCCAGGUGGGAAGAUUGAUGGAGAAGGAUGUAGCACUAAGUACUAUAGGUCAUUUAAUGUACAAUGGUUGUAUGUUGUAGACUAAAAACUUACUAUAGAUCGACAUAGUACAUGUGAGAUGUGGACGUAACAACUGAUAGUAGUGUCGUGGCAAUCGCUUGUUACAAAUACAAAUUUAUUGUUACAACUAGUACUUAACUUCUUCUUGUUUUUCUUGCAGGAUGAUUGUACGGGAAUGUUGAUGAUUGGAUACGAAUUAGAGUAGCAGACUCAGUAGAUGAGUAAAAUACUAAAUACUUAUAGGUGUAUUAAGUACACGUAGACCUCAAGGUUAAGGUGAACCAAGAGUAACAAAAAACAUGGUGCAGGCCUGCGCACUUCUCUUAAAGAUACCAAGAAGAAGCUUCCUAUCAUGCUGAUAGGACAAAUUAUCUUGAUCUACUACUGUGAUGGCCGUCAGAUGGAGGUUUUAGCUAAGACCAGCAAUUAUGGGAAAUUUACAGUGGAAAAACUUUGUCCGAUCAACAGAAAAGUAGGUGAUAGUGAUAGAUGAGACAAGGUUGAGGUAAAUUAAGCAGUCAACUUAGAACUUUUUGGUGAUCAUCAUGUGUUGGAAGAUUCAUCUUUAUAAUUUUUGUUGUAAUUAUAGGAAGUUCACUAUCUUCUGACAGAUUCUUGACCUACGGAAGUUCCGGUUUGUUGAAAGGCCGUACUCUCCCUCAAGGGAGAUAGCUCUCUGACCAAUACAUAGUUCUCUGAUUAGUUAUCAUAGACAGGUAGUAGCGAUCAUGUGGAACUGGAAGCGAUGAACAAGGAUAUCGACAUGGGAAACUUCCUAACGAGAAAGAACAAGGAUAUCGACAUGCCAAAGAAAUCAUAAUAACUGGUGAGGAUAUCGGCAUGCAGAAGGAGCCACGCUUUCAAAGUAAAGCACAGGCUUUAUGACAUAAUGUAAGCAGUGUGCCACUGCAAGAAUGAUUAUGAG